ACAGAGAAGCUUCCUUUAUUUAUUGAGAAGUCCUUUGAUAUCCCAUCUUACUAGUCGCUCGUACUAGCAUCCACUCUGUGUUUCCGCGUUUGAUACUACGCUAUCUCACCUCUCCUCUUACUCAAACUGCUUCUCGCAAACACCAAUCUCUUUCGUCUUCUACACGCCUGUCCACCUUUUCAACCUUCUGGUCGACUGUUUCACCAUCUCACCCAAAAAGCUUUUCAAGGCAACAGGAUGUCGGAUAUCGCUAUGGCUCCUAGGCCGAACACCCCUACAGCGAGGAAGGGUUCUGUAAUUUCGUCUCCAAGCUCAAAAGGCGCUGAGAAAGCACAGCAACAGCGGAAAGUAUCUGUUUCUCAAGCUACGAGCACGGCACAGCAACAACGUAAGAACUCGACGUCUCGGGAUUCGCCAAACGUCGUUGGUCAGCAGCGGCGGGAGAGUACUGCUGCAAAAGGUUCCAUCCUGGCAGGCGACAAGAGGAAGGAUGAGUCGCCAACAAAAGUAUACCCCCAGGGCAACGCCGAGGCAGCAGACAACAGCACCACUCACCCACACCCCCAAUCCUUCCCACCACCAAAGAAACGAAGAAUCUCCUCGGCGAAACCUAUUGUUAGUCCCGCUCAAGAACCUGCAACAACGACUUCGUCACAACCUCCUUCUGCCGCGCCCGUACCCCAAACGAUCCAGCUCCUCCAUCACGUUCUCACCACUCACCCCAACCUCGUUCCCACCUCCCCUUCUCCUAUACUCUCCUCCAAUAUCGACACCAUCGCGCACACAAUGUGGCAGGUUGCCUUCAACCACGGCCCUCUACUAGCCCGCGCCUGUCAGUACAGUGCCAUGUUUUCGCCGCUCAAGUUGGCUGCGUUGGCGAAGUUGAAUUUCUUACCUAGCUGGUGGUUCUUCAGGGAGGGGGCUAUGAAGGGACUACCUGAGAUGAUUGGAGAGCGGAUGGUGGAUGAUGGAGAGAUGCAGAGGGAGUGGAAGGAGGCUGUGUGUUGGUGUAUGGGGAUUCUAGGGGAGAGAGCGGAUGUGAAGGCGGCAGUGGGGAAGGCAGAGCAAGGGAAGACAGAGUAGUGAGGAGAAAAUUAUGGUGACUGGUGGCGGGCCGGGACUUCCCUCACGGCUCUUAGAGGUACAGUAGUUCAUAGGGGUCAGAGUGAUAAGCAGAGACUGAUAGUCAGG